GAUAGCUGAUCUCUCUCAUAGACUGCCGGUCUCUCUCAUAGACUGCUCAUUUCUCUCAUAGACUGCUGAUAUCUCUCAUAGACUGCUCAUUUCUCUCAUAGACUGCUGGUCUCUCUCAUAGAUUGCUGGUCUCUCUCAUAGACUGCUGGAGCGACUUCACUUGGAACUAUUGUACGAACUAACGUUACUCGCGUAACAAAUGAACAGGCAUUGUAUCAACAAUAGUGGCAUCAUUUCAACUUUGACCUUAACCCGUGAUGAACACACGCUAGCCCCUACUACUCCAAUGGUACACAAAGAUAAAAGAUGGCGGAGAAAGAGGCAACAGUUCAAAUCAAAGUGAGGAAUAGGAAUGGACAAGAACUGACCUGCGAAAUGUCCAAAGAACUUGCAAAUUUUUUGAAUAAUCCCAAUGGAGAUGCGAAGACAAAGCAAUCCAUUCUGAAACGUAUUUUCAACUCCCAGUCUCAGCCCCAUUCAGAAUCACCUGCCAUGACCACACAAUAUCCUGAGUCACCUGAGUCCCCGACUGCAAAUGCACUUGUUCCUGAACAUGUCAUUCCAUUGCCACAGACUGUUCCUAUGGAAGAUGGUGAUCAAAAGGUUCACAUAUGGGGCGAAAGUGAGGAAAAGCAGCUUAUUUCACUGAGAACAGAUAUGGAUGCGGACUUUCAUAGAAAUAAGAAUCAUGAAACAUUAUGGCAAAUUUUUUUUGAAAAAAUGAAUGCUGCAGGAAUUAAGGUUACUAAAAUUCAGAUUUUGAAUAAAUGGAGAAAUUUGAAAAGAAAGUAUAAGGAAACUAUAGACUUAAAUAAAAAAACUAGUAAUGAGAAACAUGAAUUCAAGUACCAAAAUGAAUUUGAUAAUUUGUUUGGACACAAGGCAUCAACAAAAGCAACGGUGUCAUUUGACAGUGGAGUAAAUGGAGAAGAUAAAAAGAAAGAAACAACUGAUGAUAAACCCGCUCGACCUAAAAAGCGCUAUGCAGAAAACCUGCUGAAUAAAAUGGAAAAUAUGAACAAAGAAAUGAGAAAACAGAUGGAGAGGCACCAGGAAGAAAAACUCAGACGCUUUGACAGAAUGCUGGACAUUUUUGAAAGAUCGGUUAAAAGUCAUGAUCAAAAGUGAACUUUAUAAUGUCCUAUGGGUGCCAAAACUUUUUUUUUGACCCGAGUUGAAAGUACUGUUUGCCUGCCAUUUGUCCUCCUAAAUUUUACAUCUGUCUGUUAACUUUUAAAAUCUUUUACUUCAACCAGUUUUCAACUAAAGCAUAUCUCGUACCUUAAAUAUUUUUAGCUUACCUAAGCCAAAGGUUCAAAUGGGCUUCUUGUUUAUUUUAUCAUGUAAUUUUUUUUAAACAUGCCUUCCCAUUCCCCCAUCUUUUGAACAAGAUUGAGUUACAAUAGGGGUUAAAAGUUUAACAUUGGUUAAUUAUUUAGAUUAGUUCUCUAAAAAAAUCUUUACAGAAACAAUAUGUGCACAAAGUGAAAUUUAUGUAAGAGCAUCCUUAUAUCAUGAAUAUAGUGUAGCCUUAAGUUUGUUCAGAUGGUCCUGAUGCAGUUAAAACUGAAGUUUGUUUAAUAUGCCCUCCACUCUUAUUAUUAAGGUAAUUUUUGUAGGUAUAGCCUUCAUGUCUCUCCUGCACGCUGUUAAUAUGAAUGUGAUGAUAAAUGUUGUUCAGGUGAGCAAUGUGGCGCAUUGGCUCAUCUUUCUUGUUUUAUGGUUACAAGGAGUAAAGGAAUAUUUUUGUGUUCAUAAACUUUUAUGUGUUAAAGUUAAACUACGUUUGCUGUUUAUAUUGACACAUGCACAUGUAUUAUCAUGAUGAACUGCAGUUCUAUAAAUGACAAUGAUGUAUCAGAGAUAGGACAUUUUGUCUGGGUGUCAGAGAGAGAGUGAAGUGAUUUUUGUAUUGUUAUUUGUUAUUUUUGUUGUUCAAAUUUUAAUUUUGUUAACUUUACUGUUCCUAAGAAAGAUAUUCUUUGAUAAACAAAAUUUGAUCAU